CACAUUACCGAAUAUUUUACUGGACGUUUCCCUGAUGCAGGGUCAACAAUAUGGCGCUGUCUAUAAUUUACAAGAAUGCCUCAUAUGCUCGUUUAUAUGUAUUUUUCAAGUUUGGCUCUAAAUUUGACAAGCUGUGAGGCAGCGUCGGUUACGGAAUUAUCGGCUCCUCUCUAUCGUGCUUUUUCAUUUGAUUUAGACAUAAAGGACUUCAAGUGAACGUCUGAACAGCACCAUGUCUGGGUCAAACGCGUGGAGUCGCAGCCGAGAGAAAAUGAGACUUUUCCCCGAACUUUUUGCACAGUGUGCGGGAGAGGCAGCAACAUAUGGGAAGUGUGUGGCAGCUACCACAACAGGCAGACAGGAGUUGAAGAGGGACCUGUGUGCCAAGGAAUUUGAAGCACUGAAGACCUGCUUUACAAAUGCUGGCAAAAAAAGAGCAAAAUAAAUGGAAACCGUCCUGGUUGUGUUCGAAGAGUGAAUGCAGUGGAGAAACUUCAAAGGUCAACCGUUUAAUGCUGUGGCAGAAGACAUGGAUUUCCAAGUAUUGAGUGGCUUGUGAUGUUGAACAUAACAUAGCAUUGCUGCUACUUAGUGCUGUGAAUCAACUGAAUGUGUAUCACGGGUUAAAAAAAGAAAAGGAAAAUCAACUGACCCUUUUUGAAAUGACAGUGUUGAAGUGGAAACUGUAUAUUGCUGCACGAUUGGUGGCAGCAAUAUACUGCCACUCUCUAGAACAUGCACGAUCAAUCUAACUCUGUACUGUAGAGAUGUGAAUAAAAAUUAUUGAUAAUAUGUCUAUUGUCAAAACAAAGA